CAACCAUCCUUGAAACACGCGCAUUCGGUGUCGUCGCUGCUUAUGUGUGUUUGCAUGCGUGUUUGUCUUGAAUUACAUUGAAUUUCCGCAUUUGUUUUCAAGGCGCCAUGUCUGUGACGGGCGAGUCGCUGAUUGACGACGAUGACGUCAGCCUUCUGGAAGAGGAGGAUGACCUUCAGUCGACGGCCGACUCUGACACGCUGCAGUCGGGCCGCAGCGCGCGCGGCCGCGCUGGCCUCUCGGGUCGCGGCGUUACCCUGCCCAUGCUGAUGAAGGAGGGCUUCCUGGAGCCCGGCGAGGGCGCCAUGACCAUCGACUACCUGGGUCAGAAGUUUCGCGGCGACCUGCUGCCAGACGGCCAGAUCCGCUCGCACGAGACGGCCGAGACGUUCGCCUCGCCCAGCGCCUGGGCCAUCCACUGCAAGAAGAUCGUCAACCCCGACAAAAAGUCCGGCUGCGGCUGGGCGUCUGUAAGAAGAGGCGCCGAGGUGAAGUACCGUGGGAAGAAGCUGGACAUUUACAAGAACAUGCUGUUCAAGAAGCGCCGAGAGCGUGAGCGGGAACAGGGCGAGCAGGAGGAGGAAUGUGAGAGUGUUUCAGCGUGUGAAGACGAGAAGAAGGACCUUUUAAUGAAGAAGCGUGCCAUGCUUCAGAAGAUAAUCGUCAAGCACGAGGCACUGGGCAUCAGAAACUCGGACCACGACCCGAGCACGCUGCUGGAGUGUGUGCCGUUCAGCGAGUUGGGUAAGAUCCAGCCGUUCACGGUGACCGUGGCCAGCAGCACGGCGCUGACCGUGGUCGGAUUCCACUCGCACCUCACCGACUCGGAGGUGGUCGGAUACCUCGCCGGACGCUGGGACGUCAACACACACGACCUGGCCAUCACCCAUGCCUUCCCCGUCCGAUGUCGGCUCGGUGAGAAGAGCAAAUGGAAGCGCGUCGAGUACGACGUCUAUACGGCCAUCGAGGAGCGUAAACUCACACUGGUCGGGUGGUACCACUCGCACCCCCACAGCCCGCCGACGCCGACCAUUCGUGACUCGGAUCUCCAGCUCGACUAUCAGCUCAAGAUGAAGGGAAGCAGCGACGCCAGCUACACGCCCUGCGUCGGCAUGAUCUACACCCCGUUCCCGAAGAACAAGAAGCGUCCGCUGCAGUCUAACCUGCUCUGUUACUGGGUGAUGCCGCCGCACGAGAUGCGCCCGCACGACUACCCGCGUCCCAUGGCCAUGGAGUACAGCGUGGUGCGCGACUCUUACAUUCACCAGGACGCACUCACCGAAAUGCGUCUCUGCGCCGAGUUUUACCGCGGCGCGCCGGACGCGGUCAACUUCACCCGGCCGCUGGCCGACGGUAGCACCAACUGGGAGCGGCUCAAAUCGGCGCUGGAGCCGUGCGUGCCCGCCAAACACAGCGCCCAGAUCAUCGAGUUCUUCCACGACCUGCUGUUCCCGCGGCCCGGCUCCGGCUGCCCAGAGGCCAAGGUGGUGCAGUCGACCGCCGCGCUGCUGGCCGCCCGCUGCUCCGACCCGUCCCUGGUCGAGCUGGCGGCCCACCACCGUUCGCGCGACGCGCCGCCACCGCCGUCGGCACCGCCCGCCAAACGAGCGCGCACCGACACGACCGGAGAGGGGGCGGUGGACCUGUCGGCCGCCCGCCGGCCGGCGGAGGUGGUGGAACUGGACGGCCCCGAUCUGGACGGGCCGCAGGACCUGUCUGCCGCGCGCCCGGCUCCACCGGCAGGGGAGGAGGAGGCGCCGAUGGAUAUGAGCGCUGAGGUGCCUCAGGACUUGACUGCGGGCGUGGCGCGGCAGCCGGAGCCGGCGGCGGUUCAGGCAGAGGAUCUCACGUCACCGAGCAAACACGCGGAUCAUACCCAGCCAGAGAGGGAGGAGCCCACUGACCCUGCGGCCGGCGAGGGACAGCCCGAGGACCUGUCCGCCCCUGCACCGGCCGAGGACGGCGACGCCGCGCCGCCCGCCUCUGAGCCAGCCUCUCCCGGCGGCAGCGACGGUGGAGCCGUGGACGCGUCGGCCGCCGCCGGCUCACCAGGGGAGACGGAGGACCUGAGCGCACCGCAUGCCGACUCCCCGCAGGACCUGCGAGCGGCGGGUCCCCCAUCACCGGCCGCCGCCCCCGCGCCGCAAGAUAACUCUGACGACGAGGAGAGGGGCAUGGUCAUAGACGAGUCGGCCGAGCCCAUGUGAGCGCCCCGACACGGCGGGAUUAGACUCCCGGAUGUAUUUUUAAGUCGAUCAUGUGACAUGUUGAAGCGAAACUCUCCGUGAAGUGUGAACAUUUUGUGCAAGGUGUUUGACAUUCUACACGCCGGCGCAGUGUGCGGGAACUAUCCCAACGCCUGUCAUUUUAGGUCAGAGCGACGUAGCAAGCAUGAAGAGUAGUAUUCAGUGACUUCAUUUUUGUGCAGUCAUCGGUCUAUUUAUUAUUUUGCGAGCAUCUCGAGUGGAGCGCGUGUGAGCGCGAACGAAUGCCAACCGUUUCAUGUGCCGAGUUGUAAGAGAUUGGUUUUAGGGAAGGUUUUUGACGUAGUUUUUCUAGUGAACGAGUCGAUAGACGACGACGGGCGCGAUUCAUCUUCACACAUCUGUAUUUACACGUCAUAUCGCUGACAAAUAAAUCGACAGAUGUCUACUAAAAAA